AUUUUCCCUCCCUUUCUCUUCCCUCCUUUUACUUCCUACUGCUUCUGUCUCUUUCUUCUUCCUUCCUUUCUCUUCUCCUAUUUCUUUCCUUUCCUGCCCUCAUGCGUAUUCCCUUCCUUUCUCUUCACUGCCUUUUUCAAUCUCCCUCCCUUUUUUUUCUCUUUUUCUCCUCCCUCCUCUCAUACAUGUCACCUGGCAGCACCUCUUCCCUUUCACCCACUUUCUUUCCAAGUGACAUCCCAGCAAAGGCUCAAAAGAUGUGAGACCAAAGCAAUCCCCAGGAUUACAGUUCUGUAACCUCUAUGAUGUCAGAAAGCUGAAGAUCAUCUUCUCCUGGCAAAUCGCUAUUUGGGAAUAAACUGAAGUGCCAUUUAUUGGUGUUCAACGGCAGAUAAUCUGCAUUUUGUGUCAUGAUAGAUUUUAAUAAGACAGGCCUGCCCCGGCGCUCCCUCCUUCCAGGCCACGAGAUCAGGAAGUUCAGCCUCCCUGAGUUUCCAUGGCAACGGAUGGGCGCGGCGCACGCGAAAGGAGUCCUAGGCAUGUUUUCGGGGCAGCGGCAGCUCGCCUGGGAGCUCACAGCUGCGCAAAAACGGAACUCAUUUGGAACAUGUCAGGAGCGGACAAUUUUCCCCUUUGCUUAUGCUCCAGACCGGCUGGGUAAUGAGCAUGUUCCCAUGAAAGGUCAUCCCGAUCGCGGACCUGGAGUUUAUAACAAUGCAGAGAGAAACACCCUUAUAUAUAAUCUGGCUAAGAGACCAGUGAGCAUUAAAGGUUACAGCAUGGGAGCAAGAACAACCCCGCGUUUUAGAAUCAUUGGCAAGCAUGUUGUUCCUGACCCUACAGUCUACCAAGUGGAUCAGAGCAAAGACCAAAAGGGCCAGCCCGGAUUUGCUCCAUUUAGCAGACGCUCACCACGAUUUUCAGACUACCUUCUGUACAAAGAGUGUUUCCCUGGACCUGGAACCUAUGAUCCAUACCAGAUGCCACACAGGCAUGUCACUUGGCCAGGGAAAUUUGGGGCCCCAGAUUGGGAAUUAGUACCAAUGCCAGAAAAAAGAACUUUCAAAACUGAGCUGCUUACAGACAAAGAAUUCAAGAAGCAUCGGAACCUGGUGGCAUACCUGAGCCUAUACUACACUGACUGAUUCUUUUGAUUGGAGUCUUUCCUGUUCUGUAUAUUUAACUACUCAUUUUCCUUUUUGCCAUUUACAAAAUUGUUCUUAAUCAUAUUCAGUAGGCUGCUUCAUAAACACUUAGUUUGUUGCUCUUCUGAAUGUAUCACACCUUCCUAAUUUGAUUAUCUGGUCAAAAGUAUUUAUUGAUUUUAGAUAAAAUAUUCACAACCAUGAAGCUUUUAAGAUGGCAUCAGAAGUCAGGAUGGUGGUGAUUUACAAUUGCUGUGCCAGCCCUUCAGUUUCUUUUCCACAAAAUACAGAAGUCAGUCCACCUUUUUGCAGUAAGGAUAGGCAAACACUGAUCAAUGCUCAGGUACCCAUUUUAUCAUUCUUAUUUUGUAUGCCAAUUUUAAAACACCUUGCCAACACUUUGAAGAGAGAAGUUGAGGUCACAGUGCCCAUAAAAUACAUGCCAGAGGGGUUGCUGGAACAAGACAAUCAGGUGAAGUACCAGGAUCUAAAAUCCCUUACAGUGUUCACCUGCUUCACCAUUGAGAGAAGAAGUCUGCCUUUUCUGUGUCUAGAUGUGACUGAGGGCAGAAGACUGAAGCUGAGUUCUAUUGCAUCCAAUUAUUUUCGAUUCUAUUUUUCGCAAUGCAUUUCCUCCGGUUGGAAUAUGCGAUAAAUUUCCAGAAAGAGGACUGCCUUAGUCAUCUCCCCUCUUACUGUUUUACUGCUGAAAAAUGUGCAUUCCUCUCUAUAUACACACACAAAUACAAAUUGCUUUCCCUCUUGGCUUGGCAAAUGGCACAGGAUUGCUCCAUAACUAGCUCACACAGAAAGCACAAUUCCUGUUGUGAGAGGGAUUCUGAUGUUUUCUCCUCCUCCUCUUGCAGCUGUGAAAAGGAGAUGCUUUUACUUGGAAAGUUCUUGGUGAUGUCCAAACAUGAAUUAGGAACAAGUCAGGAAACCAUGGUUUGAACCAACCUUACUUGUGUUUAACCACAGCUCAAAUGCAUCAUAAUUAUCCAAAUAUUGACAUCACAAUUAAUUUAAAAUUGAAAACAGAUCUAUCUGAAGAGAAAUGAGAUAUAGAGUGUAUGUGAUUUGAACAUACAAGGCCAAGACUCUCCGUGGCUUGCUUUCAUAUAAGGAACCCAUUUUUUUUCUAUUAUGUAUAACCUAAGCCAGAUGUACUGUACUAGGUGUAUAGAUUUGCAACCCCCACCUGAAAAAAAGCAUCCAGCACAAAAUGAUUUUAAUGGGAAAACCUUGUAGACUUAUCCAUACAGUCUGUUCCCUGUUAUAAUCUUUAGUGUGGGAGGAAACACAUAGGAGGCGUGCCAUCAUGUUCAUACUGCAUUGCUUGAGGCUUAGAACUACACUACAUCAAUCUAUUAGCUGCUACUGCUGCUUCUUUUGCUGUAAAAAUGUUUUCAUAUUUGGAUUGGCCUAAUUUUUUUUCUGGCUGGCACAACAAGUUUUGUUUUUGAUGUUUUGUCAUUUUUCCUUUGUGUCAAAAGUACUCAAUAUAGAAAAGAAAUAAAAUAGCAAUGUUGUUGUGUUACAAUUUGAAAAUAAUUCAUAACAUAAAUAAAUCCAUUAUUAGUGAAAGUAGUCUUUAAAAAAUUUAUUCCUUUAUCAUUUUCAGCAUGAAAUACACAUAAAGCCAUGUACUUUUCAAGUUCUACAGAGAUAAAUCACAGGAUUGAUCAUUGGACUAGGAGUGAAAGGAUAAAAUCGGAUCAUGUAGCUAACUCAAGCAGAAGAAUAUCAUAUGUAGUAUUCUCACCUAUCCAUUUCCUUGCUAGCUACAGUAAUACAUGGCGUGUCGAGAGAUGAAUUUGUGUGAUUUGCAUUACUUAAAAUGCAUGCAAAAUGCCAAGAUAUAAAAUGCUUGAUAUCAGGUCACAAUACACCGCAUUCCUCAGAUUGCUUGCCAGGAUUUUUCAUGAACUGUAAGUAGAGAACAAGCAUAGAUGGAGUACAGAUUAAUAUAAUAUAAUUUUAAUAUAUUAAUUAAUACAGAUUAAUAUAAUACAGAUUACUGUAAUAAUAGAUGGAAUACAGGUUAAAUGUAUGAUAAUUUGGCCUUCAUGUGAAUAGAUUAAACAUCAGGCAUGGUCAAACUUCAGCCCUUCGGGUGUUUUGGACUUCAACUUCCACAAUUCCUAAUAGCCUACUGGCUGUUGGAAUUGUGGGAGUUGAAGUCCAAAACACCUGGAGGGCCGAAGUUUGCCCAUGCCUGUUAUACAGCAAGCAACAGGGUGAGGUGAAGGACCAUAAUUUAACCCAAGAAAGAGUGCUAUGACAUCUUAAAGAUUAGCAAAUUUAUUUUGAGUUACAUUUUUAUGGACUACUGAUCACUCCAACAAAAUAACAUGGCACCACUUUAGCCUUGCAUUACACUUCAUCAAACGAUAGGGGCAAUCUAAAUACAAUUUAUGUCAUUCAUCCAUGAAUAUCCCACCCAACAUCCUUAUAAACAAGAUUAUGAUGUGGAUUUGGGGACAUAGUAUAGGUAAAAGGAUGGGAUUUAAUCUUUGGUCUCCACCACAGUUUGUAUCCAGUUCUUCUUGUACCUGUGCAUUGUCCCAUUAUUCCUGGGAUAUUGAUCCCUGAGAUUAAAAUACAUUUUCUUCUCUCUUUCUUUUAUUCCAAAAAACAAAAAAAGGCUUCAAUUUUGUUCCCAUCCUUUCUGAUUUUAUUUUGGAGUUACAUUCACAUUUUAUUUAUUGCAGUAUAUGUUAUGUCAGCUCCCAGUACAAGCAAAGACUUUUUAUACCAGCUCCCCAAGUUGGUUUAUUUCAACCCAGUAUAAAAUUGGAAAGAACAGGAAUUAAACUAGGGACUUUUCAAUUCAGCCUGGAUGCACCAUUUGUUACAUUUAUGUUCCAUCUUUCUUCCAAUAAGCUGAACCCUGGCUCUCUUCCUCCCUGUUGUCUCCUGGUAAUAGCCCAAUUGGGUAAAUCAGCCAGGAGAGCAAGGAAGGCCAGGCCAGAGUCAACUUGAAUUCAGUUAACAAAAACUUGUUCAAUGUUCCUAACUACUGCAGGAGAUUAAACUGCAAUGCAGUUGAGUCUUUUACUAGACAUUGGAUUGAUGACUUGGCAUUACACAUGACUUAUCUACUAUUGCGCCAAAUUGCUAUGUGUGUGUGUGUGUAAAGAAAUCCUUGCAAAGUUGCUUGCAAAAGAUCUCUGCAAAAAUGGGGGCUGAGCUUUUGCAGAGGCAAGCCACGCCUCAAACAAUGUAUCGGUUUGCUGGCAGAUGGCUGGGUUUUGUCAGUUUGGAAUCUGGGCUUGUAGGGAGAGCACAGAAAAGACAGGCUCUCUAGCUACGGUCAAGUAGCAGUUUAAAUAUGCUAUGCUAGGUAUAUUGAAUGCUGAUUGAUUAGUUAUUGAUCCUAUGCAACUACAAGGACAUUGUACGAUUGCUGAACUGUUUAUUUGACUUCAACUCAACAAGUAAAGUUUUCUUUGUUCUUUUAA